CUUCAUUCCUGCCAGCAGCCCGUCCGGAUAAAUCCUCUGCACUUUCCUCCACGUGUGCCUGAAAACGGACCGUUUUUUUCCACCCGGCGACGUGCGUCUCACCUGUCCCAGUCCAGGCGUCGCUCCAACAGGUCACAUUAUUCUAGCGUGUGUUAUGCGGGCAGCUGUCUUCAUGACGUCAAAGUGCGUAGCCACAGCUGCGGCCUUUCUGCUGUUCAACAUGGCUGCCGUCGUCACAGCCCGGCCCCAAGCAGGUUCUGAGCAAAAGUGCCAGUCGGGCCCGGUGGACCUGGUGUUCCUGAUCGACGGCUCGCGAAGCGUGCGGCCGCACGAGUUUGAGAGCAUGCGGAAGUUCAUGAUUGAUAUCUUGGACACGCUAGACGUGGGACUCAAUGCCACCCGAGUGGGCGUGGUCCAGUACUCUAGUCAGGUCCGCAGCGAGUUCUCCUUGAACUCCUACGACAGCAUGUCCAACAUGGUAGACGCCAUCCAGCGGAUGGUCCCGCUGGCCCAGGGGACCAUGACGGGUCUGGCCAUCCGCUACAUCAUCAACGAGGCCUUCAGUGAGCCGCGUGGUGACAGGAGCAAGGUGCCCAAUGUGGCAGUGAUUGUGACGGACGGCCGCCCCCAAGACCGCGUGGCGGAGGUGGCGGCCGAAGCUCGCGGCAAGGGCGUGGAGAUUUUCGCAGUGGGCGUGGCCCGUGCCGACAUGGCCUCCCUCAGGGCCAUGGCAUCGCCACCCUUCGAAGACCAUGUCUUCCUGGUGGAGACCUUUGACCUCAUCCACCAGUUCGGACUGCAGUUCCAGGAUAAACUUUGCGGUGUGGAUUUGUGCGUGGAGUCCGAACAUGGCUGUGAGCACAUUUGCGAAAGUUCUCCGGGUUCCUUCCGCUGCCUGUGCCUGCCCGGAUACUCGCUCAACAACGAUGGCAAAACCUGCACAGCUAUCGACUUGUGCGCCGAAGGCAAACAUGACUGCCAGCAGAUCUGCGUGAGUUCUCCCGGCGUCUUCUCGUGCGACUGCGAACCGGGCUUCACGCUCAACCCCGACAACAAGACGUGCACAAUGUUGGACUUUUGCGCAUUUGGUAAUCACACGUGCGAGCACCAGUGUGUCAGCGUGCUGAACGGAUUCCACUGUGCUUGCCAAGACGGAUACCUGCUGAUGGAGGACGGUGCUGCAUGCCGCCCUAUCGACUUGUGUGCCGAGGGCAAGCACGACUGCCAGCAGAUCUGCGUGAGUUCCCCCGGCGUCUUCACAUGUGACUGCGAACCGGGCUUCGCGCUUAACCAUGACAACAAGACGUGCGCGCCCAUCGACUUGUGCGUCCAAGGCAGGCACGACUGCCAGCAGAUCUGCGUGAGUUCUCCCGGCGUCUUCACAUGCGACUGCGAACCGGGCUUUGCGCUCAACCCCGAUAACAAGACUUGCACCGCCUCAGACUUGUGCAACUCACUGGAUCACGGAUGCGAGCACCGCUGCGUGAGCGUGCCAGGCUCGUAUUACUGCGCCUGCCCGGAAGGACAAACGCUGCGGGAGGACGGCAAGAGAUGCGGGACGUGCAAGUUGUCCGUCAUCGACCUGGUCCUGCUGAUCGACGGCUCCAAGAGCGUCCGCCCACGCAACUUUCAACUGGUCAAGAAGUUCGUCAAUGAGGUGGUGGACACCCUGGACGUGUCGGAGCACGGAACCCGCGUGGGCCUGGUGCAGUACUCCAGUCGGGUCAGGACCGAGUUCACCCUGGACCGCUACCACAAUGCUGAUGACGUCAAAGCCGCUGUCAUGAAGAUGGAGUACAUGGAGAAGGGCACCAUGACGGGCCUGGCCCUGAGCCACAUGCUGGAGCGCAGCUUCUCGGAGGCGGAGGGAGCGCGACCGCUCUCCCGCGGGAUUCCCAGGAUCGGCCUGGUCUUCACCGACGGACGCUCGCAGGACGAUGUCGCCGAGAUCGCCGCGCAGGCCAAACAAGCCGGUAUUACCAUGUACGCGGUGGGCGUGGGCAAGGCCUUAGAGGUGGAGCUCAGGCAGAUAGCCUCGGAGCCUGCUGAGAAACAUUUUUUCUACGCCUCCGACUUCAGCGCCAUCGGAGCCAUCGCGCUCAACCUGAAGCUCAACGUGUGUCCCGAGGAAAGCCAAGGCGAGAUCGAGAUGAAGGAUCCGUGCGCCUGCGAGAACUUGGUGGAGUUUCAGCAAGCCACCCUUAGCGACCUGGAGCGUGUUACGCAAUCGCUGACGGCGAUGAGCGUCCGACUGGAGCGGCUGGAACAGCAGCUGCUGGACAGGAAGUGACAUGUGGAAAGCGGGACACGAGGACAUAAGUAGUGAAGCCUCGCUUGUAUUUUUCCUUGCGCUAAUUUAUCCAAGAACAGGAAGUCUUGUUGUUGCCGUUGGGAUGAUUUUUAUUUUAUUUUAUUUUUUUACCACUGGACCAUUUUAAACCUCCGAUGGGACUUUCAAAAGGAAAGUUUUUGGCGUCUCGGUGGAUCCAAGAAAGUCCAAUUUGUAACUUUCCGACGAAAAAUGUUUUGUUUUCUUUGCCUUUUCUUCAUUUGCCUUUUGAAUUUGUUUUUGUGUUUGUGAAACUAAAAUAAACAACUAAUUGCUGUUGACACAAUACUAACAUUUUCAACUCCUAAAAAAUACUUGUAUAUCGUUUUCCAUACAACAUAAUUAAAA